GGGUCGCGGCAGCGCGGGCGGCGGCCCCAGAAGCGGCGGCAGCAACGGGAGGCGGUGGUUGGAGUCCUGGGUCCCUGUAGCCAUGAACCCCAACUGCGCCCGCUGCGGCAAGAUCGUGUAUCCCACGGAGAAGGUGAACUGCUUGGAUAAGUUCUGGCACAAAGCAUGUUUCCACUGCGAGACCUGCAAGAUGACCCUAAACAUGAAAAACUACAAGGGCUACGAGAAGAAGCCGUAUUGCAAUGCACACUACCCGAAGCAGCCCUUCACCAUGGUGGCAGACACCCCGGAGAACCUGCGCCUAAAGUACCAGACUGAGCUGCAGAGCCCGAUCCGCUACAAGGAGGAGUUUGAGAAGAACAAGGGGAAAGGUUUCUGUGUGGUGACUGACACCCCAGAGCUGCAGAGGAUCAAGAAGAUCCAGGAUCAAAUCAGUGAUAUCAAAUACCACGAGGAGUUCGAGAAGAGCCGGAUGAGGCUGAGCCCUGGUGAGGGUGCGGAGCUGGAGCAGCGGAAUUCCCAGGAUAGCACCAACUACCAGAGACCCACGGAGCAGCAGCAGCAGCAGCAGCAGCAGCAGCAGCCCCAGGUCCAUCACAUCCAGCCCAGCAACUCAGUCUACCAGCAGCCGAUGUCCCAGUCCUAUGGCUACAAGGAGCCCGCGGCACCAGCUUCCACCCAGCGCAAUGCUCCUGCUGGAGGGUGGAAGCGUUUCCGUGCUGUCUAUGACUACAACGCAGCCGAUGAGGAUGAGGUCUCCUUCCAGGACGGUGACACCAUCAUCAACGUGCAGCAGAUCGAUGACGGGUGGAUGUACGGCACCGUGGAGCGCACGGGGGACACGGGGAUGCUCCCUGCCAACUACGUGGAGGCCAUUUGAGCUGCGGGAGGGGACGGGGCAUGGGGCUGAUCCCCACAGCCAAGCCCCCAGCCCCACCGGCCUCUCCGGGGGUGUGCGUGCGUCUCUCAGCCCCAGCAUCCCUUAUCCAUGUGCUCGGGUGUUGCUCACCGGGGCCGUAUCCUGACAUCCCGGUUACUCCGUGUUCCUCUCUCACCAGUUCAGCUUUGCUCUGGCUCUGUUGGGACCGAGGGACCAUCUCCAAAGGGAUGUUGGGGGCUUGAGAGACCAAUUGCCACAGUUUUCCUUCUUCAGGCUCCCUCCUCUCUCACCAUCCCAGUGUUUCCUGGCAGGGGGAAGCAGCUGGGAUCUGGCAAAGGGAGGAGGAGAGCGUCCAUUAGGACCAAAUUCCCUGGUUGUGGUGGGUUUGGGCAGGGGGCAACCAUGUCUGCAUGGGUGAGGUGAGGGAUGCUCAUCCCAAGGGAUGGGGUGGCUGCCUCCACCCUGCGCUGCUCUGGCUGAUCCCGUUGCUUCUCCCAGCUGCUCUGUGCUGUGUUUCCAUUCAGUCCUUGCUUCCUCCAGUCCUUAAAACAGGAAGAACAUUCCCAGUUAAAAUCCUAACCACAACCUUGGGAUUCAGAGCGGCUGCUCUGGACACUCUGGAACCUUCCUCAUCCCCCCCCUGCAUCCCUGUGGGAGCACUGUGACACCGAGACCUCACGUGUCCCCCCCUGCAGCUCUGGGGUUCUCUCUCUGGGCCGGGGUCUGGGGGUCCCCUGGACCCCCCUGGUGCUGGGGCAGCCUCUUCCUCUCUGCAGUGCUCCCACAUUCACCCCCAAUCUUCCUGCUUCCCUCUUGCUGCUGCCGGGCUCCUGGGCCCCUCCUGAGCCCUCCAUGUCCAGGGUCCCUGUGCCUCCCCCUCUGCCAGGGUCCCCAGCUAUGGUGGCUUUUGGGGCCACCACUGGUUUGGGGUCACAUCAUGGACCAAAACCUCAAAGCACAUCCACAUCCCCUUCUCUUCCGGGCUCCGAAGGUGCUGGGACAGGGGCAGGUGUAACUGGAAGCCUGUGCAGGGAGGGCAGGAGCCGGAUGCUCUUCUGGGUUCCAGAAGUUGGGUAUCAGGGCUGUGAUGAUGCCCCAUUCCCAGCCCUGGCUUAGCCGGACACUGGGGACCAGGCAGCCGGAGGGCACCAUCCCCAAGCUGUGCUGCAGGGGCUGGGAUGCUUCCAGGGGGAAGCUGCCACCUUUGCUAUUCCCAAAGGAAAAGAGGGGAAUCUAGGGACCAAAGCAGCUGAGUUGGGACAUUCCUUGGCUCUGUUUGGGGCUGGAAGGGAAUGGGGCACUGCUGUCCCCUCGGGGUGACAGUGGGACCCCAGAGGAGGCCGGGAUGGGCUUCCCGGGAUGGGAAUCCCGGUUGGUGCUAAACCAAGCGAGCACAAGAGCAGGGGAAGGAGGAAGUCACAUCCUGCUCAUCCCCUUCCGAAUCACGUUCUUGCCUGGGAGCAGGGCAGUGUCAAUGUGAACCCGUUUUGUAAUGGACCAAAUGCCACAGCACCCGUUUGGGAAUAGGGACCUUUUUAAUGCUACCUUGGAUCCGUUGUCCUGUUUGUCCCCUCCUGUCCCCUGCCAUGGGAAAUGAACCUCUGACUGCUUGAUUUCUGCCUUUUCUCUCAACUUAUGCACUUUUUUGCCUUUCUUCGUAGCUGAAAAGCACCUAAACCUGUAUUUAAAGUAAAUAAAGACAGAAACGAGUAAGAAAAAACCAACCCUGAAAGCUGAAUUGCUCCUUAUCCCGUGUAAAAUAGCCCUCAUCCAUCCCAGCUGCCCUGGUUGCGUCUUGGUGCUGAGCUUAGAACGUGUUCUCUUCCGGAUCCGUCGCUUGAGCAGGGUUUGUCCGUGCGUUCCCCUUCCCGACAGGGCUACAAUCCAUCCUUUGGCCUUUUUAACUGAACCUUGGAAUGGAACAAACCCAAUGAAUCUCUGCCCCGUUUACUCCAAUGAACAAUAAAAGUCUAAUUUUUACCUGA